CAGGGUUUUGACCCACAGCCAUAUCUUUCUUCCGCGCGGCUUCGCUGGGUCCUCCGCCGCGCCCCGCGCCCCGCUGGCGGAACGGACCGCGGCACCGCGCCAAGUGCCAUGGCCAGCAAGGGCGAGCGCCUGCUGCUGGGCGCGGGGCAGAUGCCGGCGCGGCCUUUGCCGCCGGAGCUGCGGAGGCAGGAGGUCCUCCGCUUCGAGACGGCGCGCUUCGAUCUGCGGCGGGCGGUCGCGGAGAUGCUGCGCGCAGCUCCGGACCUCGGCCACUUCGACGACGACGGGAGCCUGGAGCGCUUCGCCGGUCGCUCGGAGCUCUUCCGGAGCUUCCCGGCGCGGCAGAACUUGCAUCGCCGCGUGGCGGCGAGCGACGAGCUGCUGGGGAUCUACGAAGACCUGGUGAGGCAAGAGUUGGUCCCCUGGCUGCAGCAACGCCUCAAUGCGCUGGGAGAUGCGGAUCCCAGGUCCUUCUUCUACCAGUACCCCCCCACCUUGAGGAUCCAGCCGCCUUCCGGGGAGUUCAAGCGGCCGCACCGCGACGCCGAGUACGGGCACCAGAUCGGGGAGCUCAACUUCUGGAUGCCGCUGACGGACUACUCCCUGACGCAGACCAGCCUGUGGGUGGAGAGUUCCCCGGACGCGGGGGACUUCCAGGCCUUGGCGAUUGACUACGGGGAGAUUGCGAUGUUUCAUGGUACCCUGUGCCAGCACAAGGUGCCUGCGAACACCUCGCCCUACACGCGCGUGUCCAUGGACUUCCGUAUCGGUGUAGGGGGCUACUUCGAUCCCUCUUGGCAGCUGCCAGGGAUUAAGAAAGUGCACUUACGCCGCGAGGUGCGUGCGGACCAAUGAGCCGUCUCACGGGUCGGUGAGUCAGGUCGGUCAGAUGCAGUCGGAGCAGCUCGCAACUUGAGGCGAGCUCUGAAGAGACCCGGCGAGUUCCAGCUACGCCGCUACGCGAGCUCUUUCCCAGGAGACUUCGGAAUCCGCAAGACUCCCGAUCUCACGGAAGGUGAUCACGCCGAUGCUCAGAGACACCCCGAGAAAUGCGAC